UAUUUAAAGUGAUCUAAUUUGUUAUCGGAGGCAAGAAAAUCUAGAACUUGAGUCAAAAUCGAUGAAAUUUAUGCGAGUUCGAAAAUUGCGGUUCUAUAUGUUAUACCUUUGAUCUUAUAUCAGCCCAAAUGUUAUUAGUGAUAAUUGUUGUUUUCUUUGAUUGAGAGCAAUUAAUUAUGACAAUGAUUCCAUCAACUUUACCCGCGAUUUUGUUCAUAAUUUGUUUCUACAGUUCAACUGGAAUAACAUCAUCAGGUCGCCCCAGGAUUCAACCUUUCACCUUUCCCAAUGAAGUGAAUUUAAAUCAACCAAUUUUAGUCAUUAAUUGUAUCGUAUCUUCCGGAGAUGUGCCAAUAACUUUUGAAUGGUUAAAAGAUGGACAAUCAAUUCAAGCCGAAAAUAACAACAAUGUUGAUAUUGAUGUAAGAAAUCAUGAAAUGUACUCGAUAUUGGAGAUGAAAAAUUUGAAAAGUAAACACAUUGGCAAUUAUACUUGUGUGGCAUCCAACAGAUUUGGAACUGAAUCGUUUACAAGCAGUUUACUGAUGAAAGUUCCACCUUUUUGGAUUAAAGAACCAACUGACAUUAGAAUCUCAUCUGGUUCACAAUUAACGGUUGAUUGUUUAGCCAAUGGUUAUCCAAUUCCAACAGUUACUUGGUCUUUAGUUAAAGAUCCGAAUGAUUAUCAACAAAUUUCUAACCCUCUAACUAAUAAUUCAACUUUUCUCUCUUUCGAAUCAAUUUCUGUUAAAAACAAAGGAACCUACGAAUGUAUAAUUAACAAUUCAAUUGGGUUCCCAUUGUCAAAGAAAAUUUUCAUUGAUGUUGUUGGUAAUCAUGAAUAUAACUAAUUAAUUUCUUUUUCUUUUGAUGAUAAAUUAUGUCGACCUAAAAGCGCCUCUCUCAAGCAAUUAACUGAAUUUCUCAAUUUUCAGCCAACCUUUUGAUACAUUUGAUUUCUAAUUUCAGAUUAUUUUUGCUUCUUAUUCUGU